AUGGAUCCUCCAUUUGGUCAUCACCACCAUCAACACCACCAACGACGCGACGACGGCGAAGAAGAUGAUCGUCGAUCCUUCGCUCCACAACCACCGCGCAACAAUUUCGUCGAUGCUCCAACACCCCCUGGCCUUUACCAGCCACAGCCUCAUUUCGAUCCCUACGCGCCGUCUCCGGCAGCAUCGGUGCCUCCUUACCGAUCGGAACCUCAGUUCGAUCCCUACGCGCCUCCUCCGCCAGCUGGCUCAUACCGAUCAGAACCUUAUUUCGAAGCUCCGUCACCGCCGGCGCCUUACCGAUCAGAGCCUUAUUUCGAAGCUCCGCCUCCGCCGCCUCAAUUCGGCCAUGUGAGCCAUGUCGGCCACCACACUUCCAACGAGUCCUACCCACCGGAGCAAAACCGUUACGGAGGUUACCCGCCGCCUAAUUCGGCCCUGGAAAGCCACGGAGAGUACACUGGCGGCGUCACGCACGUGUCUCACCAUGGCUCACAUCAGCCCGUCAUGCACGUGUCUCACCAGAGUUCACAUCAGACGGACACGCCUUCUGGUUUCCACCAGCGUCCUGAUGAGAACCGUCUGCCUGAUAAUCUUGCCGGACUCGCCGGAAGGCAAACCGUGAAGGUGUAUUCCAAGGCGGAGCCUGACUAUUAUCUGACCAUCAGAGACGGUAAGGUCAUUUUGGCCCCAUCUGAUCCAUCUGAUGAAGCUCAGCACUGGUACAAAGACGAGAAGUACAGCACUCGAGUGAAAGACGAAGAGGGACAUCCUUGUUUUGCUCUUGUAAACAAGGCCACUGGUGAAGCUAUGAAGCAUUCUGUGGGAGCUACUCAUCCCGUGCAUCUGACCCGAUAUGAUCCGGAUAAGCUCGACGAGUCGGUGCUAUGGACAGAGAGCAAGGAUCUUGGCGACGGAUACCGCAAAAUAAGGAUGGUAAACAAUGUGAGGCUAAACGUUGAUGCGUUUCACGGUGACAGCAAAUCUGGUGGUGUCCGUGAUGGCACGACUAUCGUCCUCUGGGACUGGAACAAAGGCGACAACCAGCGUUGGAAGAUCUAUCCUUUCUGUAAGCUUUCUCAUUAUUAA